GAGGGAGGGGAGGGGGCGAGGGAGGGAGGGGGGGGCAGCAGUUCUCUUCGCCCUGCUCUCGGCACAGGAGGAAGGUGCUGCGUGUUCCGUCUCUGCGCGAUUCCGCGGCGGCGGCGGCGGCUUCCGUUGCUGCCCAUCCACGGGAACUCCCCGAGACGCUGCGAGCCACGCCGCCUUUGUGCCUCGCCGCGCGUCUCUCUCGACUCCGCGGGGGUGAGAGCCAUCCUCGCUGACUCGCUCGCGCCCUCUCCUCUCCACGCAACUCCCCUCCCACCCCCGGCUCGCCAAGUCGAGCGUAGUUCAGCCAACGGACUGACCCACACGCCACCACCACCACCACCUCCUCCUCCUCCUCCAAUCAACCCAACGAUGCUAACGGCGACGAGGACGACGACGAGGAUGAUGAUGAUGAUGAUGAAGACGACGAAUACAAGGAAGGGCAGACGGAGAUCACACGGCGAAGUAUCGCCCAGGACAACGACUCUCCUUCUCCUGCCGCCGCCGCUGCUCUUCCUCCUGCUCGUGAACGGAGCGCGCGGUUGUAACGCAGCAGCAGCAGCAGCAUCAUCAUCAUCAGCAUCCUCCUCCUCCUCCUCGUUGUCCGCCGAGGCCUCCGCCGCACAGCCCACCCACCUCUCCCCGGCGUGCCCGGCCGCGUGCGAAUGCUCGGAGCAGGCUCGGACCGUCAAGUGCGUGGCACGGGAGCUCACCGAGCCGCCGCGCGGGCUGCCCGGGUACACGCGCACUCUGUUCCUGACGGGCAACGUCGUGAGCAGCCUCGGGGCGGGCGGCGCUUUCGCCCGAGACGCGGUGCCCCCGCUGCACUCGCUCACCACGCUCAACCUCAGCUCCAACCGCGUGGAGCGAGUGGACGGCGGCGCUUUCGCGGGCCUCACCGCCCUGCGCGUCUUGGACCUCAGCAACAACGCGAUCCGGAGCGUGCACCCCGCGGCGUUCUCCGGCCUCGUCUCCCUGCAGGAGCUCAUCCUCAACCGGGCGUUGAGCCGCGGGCACCGUCGCCACAACGCCACCUCGGAGUCGCCGCCGUCGCCGCCGCCGCCGCCGUCGCCGCCGUCGCCGCCGCGCUCUCCGUCCGAGGAAUCUCCGCCGCCGCCGCCGCCGCCGCGGCCGCCGUGGCCGUGGUCGUGCCUCAACGGGCUGUGCGAGGCGCUGCGGUCGGGCCGCCUGCUCGCCCUGCAGCGGCUAUCGCUGCAGGGCAACCGCCUGCUGGUGCUGCCGCCGCGCUACGUCCUGCGCUCGCUGCCGUCGCUCGCCACGCUCGACCUCAGCAACAACUCCAUCUCGAGCGGCGUGGGCGCCGACUCGGGCCUCGACUCGCUGCCCGCGCUCACCUCGCUCGACCUCAGCGACAACGCCUUCGCCUCGCCCGACGCCGCCCAGCUGGAGCUCCUGCGGCGCGCCGCGCCGGGCCUCGCCCUCCGCCUCGGCGCCAACCCGCUGGUGUGCGACUGCGACAUCCGGCCGUUCGCCGCCUGGCUCGGGAACGCCACUGGCUGGGUGAAGGACGCCGGGCACCUGCGCUGCCGCCACCCGCCGGCGCUAAGAGGCCGCCCGCUCGCGGAACUCCUCCCCGGCGGCGGCGGCGGCGGCGGCGGCGAGGAGGAGGAGCCGCUGCUGCCGUGCGCGGGCAAAGAGGUCCCCGCGGCGCUGCAUACCUCCUACGUCUUCCUGGGUCUCGUGCUGGCGCUCGUCGGGCUGGUCUUCCUGCUGGUGCUCUACCUCAAUCGGAGGGGCAUCAAGCUGUGGGCCGAAGGGGUGAGGGACCUCUGCCGGGAUCACAUGGAGGCGAGCUACCACUACCGGUACGAGCACGAGGCGCCCGAGAUCGGCGGGGACAUGCGCAGGCUGUCGGCGACGGCCGAGGCUUGAGACGGAGCUGAGAUUUCGGCGGGAUGGACGGAUGGAGAUGAUGACGGUGGUGGGGGAGGAGGACGAGGCGACAUGAAGGGGGAGAAGGCAAGAGAUGAGCGGAGAUGAGCAGACAGGUGGAGACGUGGAAACGAGUUGAGUGGACACACACGAGGAGUUGAGAGAAGAUAAUGGAAGAUGAGAUGACUUGAGGAUGUCCCGGAACCAGGACGCAAAGAUAAAUUCACGAUUUUCUUUUUUUUACCGGAUUAAUCAUUUGCCAUCCCUGGCCUCCCUCGUCGUGGUGGUGGUCGGGAGCCGGGGGAGUGGGGUUCGUGGUGGUGGUUGUGGUAGGGGAGGUUGAUGCGCUGUAUUUCCAUCUUCAUGUGGAGGUUGGUGAGUGAGCCGGAGGACCAGGCUUGUGGGGAACGUGUGACACAUUGCUUGCGAAUGAUGGUCAUGGGCAGUGGGGUUACUCUGGUAUCUAUGGUUUGAGAUGUAGACUCACGUGGGUAUUCAUAGACUCGCACAGAGACCCAUAGAGUCACGUUGACCCCCCAUAGACUCACGCAAUAGAGACCCAGAGGUCACGUGGGAAGCUGCGUCACUAUGGGAUCCAUGGUUUAAGAUGUAGACUCACGUGGGUAUUCACAGACUCGCACAGAGACCCAUAGAGUCACGUUGACCCCCAUAGACUCACGCAAUAGAGAACCACAGGUCACGUGGGAAGCAGCGUCACUAUGGGAUCCAUGGUUUGAGAUGUAGACUCACGUGGGUAUUCAUAGACUCGCACAGAGACCCAUAGAGUCACGUUGACCCCCCCAUAGACUCACGCAAUAGAGACCCACAGGUCACGUGGGAAGCGGCGUCACUAUGGGAUCCAUGGUUUGAGAUGUAGACUCACGUGGGUAUUCAUAGAAUCGCACAGAGACCCAUAGAGUCACGUUGACCCCCCCAUAGACUCACGCAAUAGAGACCCACAGGUCACGUGGGCAGUGGCGUCACUAUGGGAUCCAUGGUUUGAAAUGUAGACUCACGUGGGUAUUCAUUGACUCGCACAGAGACCCAUAGAGUCACGUUGACCCCCCCAUAGACUCACGCAAUAGAGACCCACAGGUCACGUGAGCAGUGGUGUCACCAUGAGGUCAUCAGCCCCUGUCCGCCAGUGAGCCGUGUCCAAUAGAGCAGCAAAGAUGCCGACGAUUUAUUUUCCAUUAAUCCAUCCUGUCAAGCACUACCCGAGUCUCAAGACUCUCUUCUUUUUCAAGAUAGUCCCGCUCAAGGAUUAAUUUCGCGACAGAUUUUGGGGGGCGGCGGAUGGGUGGCGGGGGGGGGGGGGCACGCGACUCUUAAGCGGGAGCCACACACAUCCACGGCACGAGGUGUCCUGGAUGUGGUGGGCCGCGUGCGGAAACGCCGCGUAGGUCACCGAACCCGGGUUGAAAUUAAGCCCUGGGGGCACGCCAAUGCUGCUUCCUAAUGAGAGUCUGGCUCCGUGUGUCGGAGGGGAGGGAGGUGGGAGAGAGAGCCAGAGAAUCCCGGAGAAAACCCAGCACCGCGCCUGCUGUAUAAGGAGGAGGGAGGCAGGUGGGGGGGGGGGGGGUGCACCACUCCCAGCUCCGCACAGAUAGAUUCAAUCACCUGUUCCUCUACUGGCGUCUGCUGAACACCGUACAACCAUUUGUCUGCAACGUCGCUCGGUGUUGACAGGGCAGUCUUCCGUCCAACGACUAGGCAGGCUGAGACCUGCUGAGCUUCCGAAAUCCGAUGCGAUCGGGCACAUUCAGGGUGACUCGGUAUUCGUCUGUAAGUAUAUGCUGUAUGUAAACGGUCCAUAAUGAACGUUCGAACGCACACACAUGUAGUACUCACAUGUUGAGAGCUCUCAUUUACCGGGGUUUUUAACGUUUUGUCGAAUCAUUCAUUUCCACGCAUUCAUCACCAUCAUCAUGAUAACCACCGACAUCAUCAGCUUCAUCGUCAUCACCACCACCACCACCAACAUCAUUAGCUUUAUCAUCAACAUUAUCAGCUUUAUCAUCAUCAUCAUCACCACCAUCA